CGCCAACUCUAUGCGAAAGGCUUGGCAACGUUUGCGUGGGGGCCGCCGGCGGAUUCGACAACCGAGCAACAAGAAGCCAUCACGAGAGCAAGAAUGACGACGACGGACGAUCUCGAGAUGCGCCGUGGGCUCGCGGCGCAGCUGACGGGGCUAAACAUUCACACGGCGCACGAGUGGUCGAUGACGUUCACGGACGAAGGCAACGACCCAUUGUGGCGCGAAAUCAUGGCGCUCGACACGAUCGAGGCGGACGAUUUGCAGUCGGCGUCGACUCCUCAUCUCUCGAUGAGCGCCAUCACGAUCCACGAGCCUUCCUCGGCCGAGACCACACGCUCAGUGCCAAGCGUUGCCCCCGGCGUCGCUUCGCCGCGCAUGGCCGUCCCGAGCUCGGGCGACUUUUCGCACUGGUUCCACCGCGAGAUUAUUCUGCGUAUGCAGUCCCGGGGGCCGUCGACGCUGAAUGAGCAGCAUGGUCAAGACAACAACUCGACACAAACCGGUUUGCUACACGCACACUAAUUUGUGAGCGAUUUACCUCUAUACAUCUAUACAUAAACCUCCAACAUAUGAUCCUCCG